AAAUGUAUCGAAGUUCGGAUAAAACACUAACAGAGUCGUGUUUUUGAGUCAAGAGUAAAACAUAGGACUCUCUCUCUCUCUCUCGCAAUUUAUUCUCUGGUCGACGAUGAUGCCCAGGCUACGACUGUAUCCAUGUCUGCUCCUAACUGUAUGGUUCUUGUGUAUCCUCUGUUCAGUUCAUGUGGUUAGAGCUCAAAAUCGUACUGGGGCCUCUACUCAUCCCGACGAAGGAAAAUCUAUCUUUACGAGAAGGAUGGACUAAUAUAUAAACAGCGCGUGCCUUUAAAAUUAAUGGGAUAAGUAAUUGACAGCGCGUGCAUUGAACUCCAUCUUCGCAACAUGGAAGAUUCGUGCGCCUAGAGAAUGGAACAUCAGCGGCGAGCUUUGCUCCGGCGCCGCCAUAGACGACGGUGUCACCAUCGACAGCCGUGCAUAUAACCCUCUAAUAAAAUGCGAUUGUAAUUUCGUCAACUCCAAAAUCUGCCGCAUCACAGCACUGUAAAUGGAUCUCUACCAUUCUCUUGCACCCCAAGUGUUCGACACAUAUUCUCCCACUGCGAAAUCACCAACUGUGGCAGACAUGUUUUAAUGAUUCUCAAACUUAAAAGAGCUCUUUUUGGGUUUCUUUUUUUAUUUCAUAGGAAGGUUUAUGCGAUAGAUGUUGUAGGAACUAUACCUGAAGAGCUCUGGACUUUGCAUUACCUCACGAAUCUGAACUUGGGUCAAAAUUUUCUGACAGGACCCUUAUCUCCUGCAAUUGGAAACCUGACUCGGAUGGAAUGGCUGACUUUUGGGAUCAAUGCGUUGUCUGGCCCUAUUCCUAAGGAAAUCGGUUUGCUUAGAGAGUUGAAAUCGCUUGCUGUCAGUUCAAAUAACUUCUCUGGUUCCAUCCCAGCUGAGAUUGGGAGUUGUACAAAACUACAACAAAUCUAUAUAGAUAGUUCUGGACUUAGCGGGGAAAUACCCUUAUCAUUUGCUAAUCUUGUGGAGCUGCAAGUCGUUUGGAUGAUGGAUCUGGAAGUUACAGGUCCGAUACCAGACUUUAUAGGAAACUGGACCAAACUUGUUUCCUUGAGAAUUCUCGGAACUGGUUUGAGUGGUCCGAUACCAUCGUCAUUUUCUAACUUAGCUUCUUUGACAGAACUGAGGUUAGGUGAUAUAUCCAGUGGAAGCUCUUCUCUUGAAUUCAUCAAAAACAUGAAAUCUCUAAGUAUAUUAGUAUUGAGGAACAGCAAUCUCGAAGGGACAAUACCCUCUAAUAUUGGAGAAUACUCAAGUUUGCUACAAGUCGAUUUAAGCUUCAACAAACUACAUGGACCAAUACCGGCUUCACUUUUCAAAUUAAGUCGACUUAGUCACUUGUUUCUAGGAAACAGCAAGUUGAAUGGUUCCUUGCCCACUCAAAAGAGUCAGUCGUUGAGAAAUAUAGAUGUGUCCUACAAUAAUUUGUCUGGAACUCUUCCUUCAUGGGUCAGCUUACCGAACUUGAAACUCAACCUAGUUGCUAACAGCUUCACAUUGAAAGGUCUUGACAAGAGAGUUUUACCAGGACUGAAAUGCAUGCAAAAGAACUUCCCCUGCAAUAGGGGCAAAGGAAUCUAUUCUGACUUUUCGAUCAACUGCGGAGGGCCAGAGAUAAGAUCUGUUAGCGGAGCACUAUUUGAGAAGGAGGACGAGGAUCUUGGGCCAGCUUCCUUCUUCGUGAGUGCUUCUCAGAGAUGGGCAGCCAGUAGCGUAGGACUUUUUGCCGGAAGCAGCAAUAAUAUAUACAUAGCGAUUUCACAAUCACAGUUCGUCAACACUUUGGACUCGGAGCUUUUUCAGUCAGCAAGACUCUCUGCAUCUUCCCUAAGGUAUUACGGGUUGGGGCUAGAGAAUGGAGUCUAUACAGUGACAAUUCAGUUUGCUGAAAUACAAAUGAUAGGUUCCAACACUUGGAGAGGUGUUGCAAGAAGAAGAUUUGACAUUUAUGUCCAGGGAAGACUUGUUGAAAAGGAUUUCGAUGUACGGGGAACAGCUGGUGGCCCUAAUCUUAGAGCUGUUCAGAGAGAAUAUAAAGCAAAUGUAUCAGAAAAUUACCUCGAAGUUCAUCUUUUCUGGGCUGGAAAAGGGACAUGUUGCAUUCCGAUUCAGGGGGCUUAUGGGCCAUUAGUAUCAGCAGUUAGUGCAACACCAGAUUUUACACCAACUGUGGUUAAUAUACCGCCAUCAAAGGGAAAGAACAGGACUGGUACUGUUGUUAGUGUCUGAUACUCUUUUACUAAGGCGAAGACUGGUGUCAGAGGCUUUGCCGUUGAUAUCUCAUCUUCUAAUAUACACAAUCAUAGUAUUGUUCUUCUGGUUUAUGCAUUUUCUGUUGAACUGGUGUUCAUCUGUAGCUCGUUGUAAUCGGAUCAUUGGUGGUGUCUUUUUACAAAUUAAUGAGAGUAUGUCCUUUCUUA